AUUUCCUUUUCAUGAGAGUUUUUGUUUUGAUUUUGGGUUGUCAGGGAACAAACUUUAAGUUUGUGCGUUGGGAAAAGUAUAAUUCUAUGUGCACUGCAUGCUUUCUACUUAACUUUUGAGGCCAUGGAUCCGGCAUGCGACGAAGGAAGAUAUCUAUACGUGGAGGAUCUUGGCCUGCAGACCCGCAUGUAACAAGCGUGUGAAUGAAUAUUGGGACCGGGAUCAGGCAAUGGAUACAUUCUACACGCGUCCAAUGCCCAAAUGGUUGUCUGAUGAGGCCUUGGCCAGUGACAACAAAAAGUAUUACGUGGUGCAAGAAGCAGACCUCCAUGAGAAUGACUGGCUGCAUCUAUUCACUGAAAUGGCAUUCUUCUCCAUCGCAAGGGCUGAUUCCCCUCCCUUGGAGAUCAACAAGGUAGUUGUAGAAACUAAAGAAGAUUACAUAACUGAGGCGCGUGAGAAGCUCCACGCAAAGAACGCAAUAUUCUACAUAAGUUACAAGUAUAAAGGUGAUCCUUCUAUUGGUUUCACUGGUGAUCACAGAGCUAUCAUAAGGAAAACCACGGAUGGGGAACCAGAACACAUGUCUUUUGAAUUUGCUUCUGAACAACAAGCCAAGUAGACAGACACUUCCUGUAUGUAUCUGGUCUGUUGCAAUCAAUCAUUAAUCGCUAUUUCCUUGUAACUUUUAGGGAUCAUAUUAUAUGUCUACAACUCUAGGGACUAAAACGAGUGGGAUCUAUAUUUAUAUCAAA